AUGGGCGUAGCAGCAGCAGUAGCAGUGGCUGAAGGGGACGCCAACAUCAUGUCCAGCACCACUCUUCAUCAGGAGCACUCCAUGAUCCAUCAUAAUGCUGGUGAUGAUGAUGAUGAUGAUGAUGAUCCUACAAAUGCCGACCCGUACGCGGACUGGGGCGUCGAUCGGUGCCUCACGCUCGUGCUCGCGCUGCUGUACAUGGCCUUGUUCCUGACGGUCAUCUCGCAGCUCGCGCGGAUUGUCUACUACCGACACCGGCUGGGAUCGUUCCAGGUGGGCUUCCAGUCGCUGUGCCUCGUGUGGACGCUGCUCAGGAGCAUCUGGUUUGCCAAGGCGCUCGCGACGCGCUGGUCGAAUCUCGUCGAGGAGCUCAUCUACUGGCCCCCAGUCAACCUCGAGUUUGCCACGUUCUCGCUGCUCGGAGUGUUCUUUGUGCGCAUCAUCCACCAGCAAGCGUGGCGGGACAUCCAUCGGCGGGUCAUGGCCGCCUGGGUCGCCCUCAACCUCUUCCUGCUCUUCCUCAACGUACUCUGGAUUGCCUACAUUGGCGACGCGAGCACCGUGUCGGAAGACCUCGUCGAGGUCCGCGAAGCAUUCGUGGCAUCGACCUUCUUGAUUCUCGCGGUUAUCAUUGGGUACUUUAGCUGGCGACUGAUUGUCGUGCUGAAUUCCUCGACCGCUCCU